AUGUCCGAACAUGGCAGCAAUGAGUCGAGACGAUCCUCGUCACAGACUUCCAAUCAGUCCGCCGAAUUCAAGAGACCGAAGACUCUCCGGGGAGCCCCCAAACGUCAUGGCUCGAAAAACUCGUCGAAAUCCUUCGAAGAGAACGACCCUUCCCUGACCUCCUUUCCCUCCUUCUCUCCAGAGGCAGACACAAAGUCGGCAAGCAUUGCUCAAGAGGUGGUACCCAAACCCAUACGUACAAUAUCACAGAAGGCGAGAGAUAGAAAGGCCACUCUUGCAGGCUUGACAAGUGCAUCUCCUUCUCUCAACAGACAAAACGCACUGUUCGACGAUUCUCCGCGGUCAUCCCUAGACAUCCCGGGUUCCUUGCAUUUGGCAAGCGACGAGCACAUCGAAAGACUUAUUGCCAGGACGGGAGCGGUCAAGUUGGUCCGUCAGUAUGCCUCGGAUCUUGCCCAAAGAGACGCCGAAAUAUCCGCCCUACGAAUCCGAGCAGAUCACAGGGAGAGGGAGCUGAAAAAGAUCCUGCGCGAGGCCAACGUCCCCUCGGCAGAGGUGGAGAAGAGGCUUCUCAGGCUGGAACAGGGAGAGACCGACUCAAGUGUUGGAACCGCGUCAGGUCCGGUAGAUCGAACAGCUCCCUUGCUCGACGGGAUGAUGAGCGAAGCAAUGGCAGAUGGCAUUGUGGUUAGCAGCCCUUUGGACGGGAGUUUCCCUAUCGGCCAGGCCUCAGACGCUCGGAGCCCGUCAGGAGCCUUGCAAGCCGACCCAGAGGCAAGUCGGAGCAGGGCUGGUUCAACGGCAUCCAGUCUCGCCAAGGCAAGCCGAACCCCUAGCAGGGCCAACAGCAGUGUCAGCGACAGCAGCCAGGAUAUGGAAGCCACCUUGCGUCCGCGGGUAUCGAGUUCAAAUACCUCCAAGUUGUCCGGUCUACAGAGCAUCUUCCAGCCUCCAACACAGUCGUCGAGCUAUUUUAUUGGGGGCAAAUCAGUCCGGAAGCCCAAAGCCAGCGACGAAGCCAGCAUCCGCUCCAGUCAGUCUAAUCGCUCUUUCGCCUCUUGGACCCAGAUUUUUGGUGGAAAGACCCAGCCUGGUCGAUCUAGGGCAUCGUCACUGGGACAGCAGAAUGCACCAGGCGAAGCAGAACCCACUGUACCGAAGUCACGCACGAAUCCGCCUUUAAUUACCAACAAAUCGUCUGCAUCAUUACCGACGGCAGGGACGGUCAAAAGUCGACCACCCGCCAAGCGUACACCGACUGCCACGCGCCUUUCUGCCAGUCCGAAUCAUGCACGGAAAGAGUCGAACGCUAGCAGCCUCCCUCCCACCGUCGAGCUCGACUCCAUGAUUGAAAGUUCGCAAUUGCCACCCACGAUGACGACGCAGAGUCUGGACACGACAGGUUUGUUGACGGACCGAUUCGGCUUCAUCUACGACCAGAAGCGGCGGAAGCGACAGAACCUCCCGGUUCGAGGACACAGACGAAACAAGCUGAGUGGUGCCGAAACCAUCGCCAGUUUCAGAGCCGGUGAAAAUCCACCCGCUGAUGAGCUCUCGGUCGAGAGACCGGCCACGCCGGUGUCUGUCGAUGAGGAGGCACCGAAAAAAUCGUGGCAAGAAUACCUCAAGGUGCCCGCGGCUUUGUCUUCGGGGAGGCCCAAAGAACUCCUCUCACAUACGCCGUCUGCGGGUGCCGUAGUCACAGUCAGUACGGUGGACGCGGCAGGCACCACCACGCCGCCGCGUCGAAGCAGAGAGACCUCCAUUUCGGUGAACGCGGCUUCACAAAAAGCUCUCCCCACCACCAGUGUAGUGAUGGAACCACAGCCCUCGGCCGUGACGGCGACUUCUGCGGACUUUACGCCGGAUUCCGAGUGCGACACCGCGGGGGACUCCGGCCUCGCGAAGUUACUUCUGGAGCAGCUGACCGAAUUGCACGACGCACUUCAAGCAGAGAGGGCGGUUCGGUGGAAUGAUUUUCUGCGCAGGGUCCGAGCGGAACGGGCGAGCAACACGGACCGUGCGAGCAACGGCAACACCCCCGAAGCGGACCUUCUCAACGGCGAGCUCAUCGGUAUAGCAACCCUGGGGCGCUCUACGAAGACGAAGGCGAAGUACAUGCACUUCAAGUCGCUGGUCUUGGCUGGGAUACCGGUCUCCCUUCGGCCCAAGAUUUGGGCUGAAUGCUCCGGUGCCAGUGCCUUGAGGAUUCCCGGCUACUACGAGGAUCUCGUUGCCCGAUCGCAAGAAGGGACCGACAUCGACCCGGAUAUCGCCAGCCAGAUCAAGGCGGAUGUUCACCGGACGCUCACCGACAAUGUCUUCUUCCGGCACGGGCCUGGCGUCCAGAGGUUGGAAGAGUUGCUGAGGGCAUAUUCCUUGCACAAUCCACGUAUUGGAUACUGUCAAGGGAUGAAUCUUAUCACGGCGUCUUUGCUGCUCAUUUGUGCGACGGCGGAAGAUUGUUUUUGGCUCCUCGUGGCCAUCAUUGAUGUCAUUCUUCCGAGUCAAUAUUUCAGCUCGACCCUGCUUGUGGCUCGGGCUGAUCAAGUGGUUCUUCGCCAGUAUGUGGCCGAAGUCCUGCCGAAGUUGAGUGCCAAAUUGGAUGAGUUGGGUGUCGAGCUGGAGGCGUGCACGUUUCAUUGGUUCUUGUCGUUAUACACGGGUGUGUUGACGGGCGGGGAGGCCCUGUAUCGCGUUUGGGACGUGAUUCUCUGUCUCAACAGCUCCGACGCCCCGCCACAGGCCUUGAACCAGUCCAAGACCACCCUCACCGUGGAGAUGCCGUCUCUGGGGCUGACCAGCGGCCCAUCUACACCGGUGACGCCGUUGCACCCCCAAACAGAACCUGGCCUUGCGGCAGACCACUCCUCUGACGAGCAUGAUGGGACAUCGUCGCCGUUCCUCUUCCAACUGGCUCUCGCUUUGCUCAAACUCAACGAAAACGCCAUCCUCGCCCUGGACUCGGCCGCACAGGUGUAUACGUAUAUCAACCACAAUAUGACGAAUCACGCCAUCAGCAUUGAUGCGCUGGUGCAGGCGAGUGAGGCACUGCGGACGAGAAUUGUGAGGAAAGAAGUGCUGGAGAGGAGGAAACAGGCGAUCAAAGAGCUGGGGCCGUGA